GCUGUCAGUGACACUGACAACAAACGCGAUUUUUUUUUUAAUCCCACAACAGAGGGAAUAAAAGUCCAGAAAUCCAGGCAAAUGGACUGAAUACAAUGAAAACCGUGCAGUUUUGCCCCUUUAGAAGAAACCCGCGCGCAUCCAUUGCUCCUUAGUUAACAUUAUGAGUUGUCCUUACAGUUGCAUUUAAAGUGAGAUAUUAUUAAGUUGUUCAAGCAGAACCCAUAAAGUUACAAAAUAGGGUAUUGCAUAGUAACAAAACCGUUGAGUUUGCUAUAUUUAUUGCUUAAUAAGCUUUAAAUGUUUAUUAUUGCCGAUACUUCGAGCGGAACAAGAAUUUCCAAUAUAGACUGACACUUUAAUACCACAGCAAUAAAAAUGUCCCUUACCAUGCAACAGAUCCUAAUAGAUGCCAAAAAGCUGGCCGGAAGACUCAAGGAUAGAGACACCUUAACAGAUAACUUACUGUCAGAAACUCAUGCCAUUAAUAAAAAAAUUGAUACAAUGAAACAGUUUCAAGAGGAAGUGGAGCAACUGAACGAAAUCGCUAGUCAAAAACCUCACUCUCAACUCAUAGCGAAUAUUCAAAAAGAAAACAGGCAUUUAAGAGAAAUCCAGCAGGAAAAUAGAGAUCUCAAAUCCACCCUGGAGGAGUACCAGUUUACUAUAGAGAGAAUUAUGACUAAAUAUAGACAGCAUACACAGGAGAAGAUAUAUAAAACAAGAAUUAAUUUUAAGGCUUUACAAGAGCAAAGAUAUCAAUUUAUAAUUCAAGAGCAAGCGAGUAAGAUUGAAGAAAUGGCCGCGGUAAUGGAAAAGGCCGCCAUGCUGGAUGAGGAUAAGGAAUUGAGGUUUGAGGAGAUCGUAUCCCAGUUAAAAGCUGAAAAUCAGGGUCUGAGAGAGUUGUUACGAAUAUCCCAAAAACUAGAUUUAGAUUUAGUUUCCAGAGAAGAUAAGACGGUUCAGACCGAGCCUGUUUAGUUAAUUUACCGUACAACUUUUAAGUUUCUCUAGGAUGUAUCUUAUUGUUUUGUAAAAUAUGUUAUUUUUUA